AGUUCUUAAUCUCGGAUUGAACUUCUCCCGAUGAGCCAGCCCAAGGCCGCCGGGAGCAGCUAGCCGCGAUCGCUCGGAGAGAGAUGGGCGACCACCUGCCCGACGGCCUCCUGGCGGACGUUCUCGGCCACCUGGCGCCGCGCGACCUCGCCUUGUCCCGCGGCGUCUGCAGGUCCUGGCGCGCCGUCGUCGACGGCCGCCGCCUGCUGCGCGCGGACCUCUUGCCGCUCUCGCUGGGGGGCAUCUUCCUCUUGGUCAGCAGCACCUGCUUCCCGCCCUUCUUCUCCCGGCCCUGGACGGGCCCCGCGAUCUGCGGCGACCUCGACAGCUUCUUCGGAGCCGACGACCAGAGCGUGCUCGACAUCGACCUGUGCGGUCACUGCAACGGCCUGCUCCUGCUCCACGAAGCCGUGAUGAACCCCGCCACCGGGGAGUGGGCGCGCCUGCCAGAGCCUCCGCCGCCGCACGUGCCGGAGUUCUACUACGAAAGGCGCCUCGCGUUCGAUCCAGCCGUGUUGCCGCACUACGAGGUGUUCUUGAUCCCCGAGCUUCCCGGUCGCAGCCACACGACGUUGAGCCCGCUGCUGAAGCAAUCGGAGUGGCCGCCCUCGCCGCUCGUCCUGCACGCCUUCUCGUCGAGGACGGGGCUCUGGGAGGAGAGAAGCUUCGUACGGGAACAAGGACAUGAUGGUGGCCAUCAUCCCAUGGCGACGGUCGCCGACGUCCAGUCGCACGAUCUGUUCGAUAACGAUGACUAUUGCUGCACCUUCUGGCGGGGAAGGCUGUACGUGCAGUGCCAGUACGGAGUUGUGAUGAGAAUAAACCCGUCGAGUGGCACAUACCACCUGAUCAAGCAACCCAUGGCCAUGGGUGCCAACAAGUACUCUAAAUUUUAUCUAGGGAAAUCCAAAGCCGGUGUGUACUUUGCGUUGGUCAUCUCCUACCGGCUUCAAGUUUGGUACCUCGACGAGUCGUGCUACCGCCAGCCGGCGUGGGUGCUGAGGUGUGACAAGAACCUGGAGCCCCUCCUGCAACCAUGGAGGAGCUACCAGGAACGCAACGGCGACGGGCCAUGGCGCCUGCUGGACCUCGACCAAGAGGACCACGGCGCGCUACUACGACGACGGCGACCAAGGGCAGUUGGCGUGGAGCUCUGACGUCGAGGACGGGACUGCUGGGAGCGGCUCCUGCAAUGCAGAUGAUGACGCCGAUGACAGUUGGGAGAAAAGAUGGCGGCGGGGCAGCAUAUGCAGAGAGUUCCUCGGAUUCCAUCCUUUCAAGGAGGUUAUCUUCCUGCACCUUUCAUUCAGCAGGGGGAUCGCCUAUCAUUUAGAUAGCUCGAAGAGCACCUUAGCAAUAGACCGACGCGACACCACUGAUCGUAUACUACUGCCUUUUCCCUACACACCAUGUUGGAUGGGAAUGUUUCCUGAGAACGAUUGACUUAGAAAUAUAAUCAUAAAUGUCAUCACCAUCUGGGUAGAAAUAUCAUCAAGUGCAUGGACCUGGCCAUCUGGAGUUUGUCCUGACUGAAGACUCCUUGCUCUUCUAGGUGGUGUGGCCUUUUCUUUUCUUUUAUUUUGUUGGUCUUCUCCUUUUUUUUGUUGGUCUUCUCCCAUUAUUUAAGUUCACUUUGACGUAUGCCAAUGUCAAACCAGUAAGAACAUUUAUCA